AUGACAUCCACUCAACCGAUUGUGGUCGUAGGAGCAGGUCCCUCCGGUCUACUUUUGGCCAAAUAUCUCGAACAGAACCAUGUCCCGGUGGUAGUGUACGAAUCUGAUCCUCAUGCCGGAUAUCGUCCUCAGGGAGGUACACUUGAUCUCCACGAGGACACCGGACUACUGGCCCUGAAGGAAACGGGUCUACUGGGAGGAGCGAGGGGGAUGAUGAGAUCCGAAGGUGAAGCUAUGAAAGUGGUUGAUAAAACUGGGAAAAUAUGGUUGGAUGAGAACGUCCAACAGGACCAGGAGCAACAGGGGCCACGCGAAGGCAGGGGUAUUGGUCAGCAGGAUGAGAUUAGGGGUAGACCAGAGAUUCAUAGGACCGACCUUCGUAAUCUACUCAUCCGUUCUCUUUCCCCUUCAAACAUAAAAUGGGACCACAAAAUCCACUCGAUCAUUCCCCUCUCCCAAACAUCCUACCAGCUCAACUUUGUCGACAAACCAUCGACCACAACUUCCUAUUUGGUCGGUGCCGAUGGCGCUUUCUCCCUAGCUCGUCCUUUAUUACAUGAUAUUGAACCUCAGUACUCGGGUAUAUCAAUGUACGAGCUUGAUAUACCUCCUUCGAACCUCACAUCUCACCUCGAAGCAUAUAUAGGUAAGGGAGCAUUGAUGAUGCUAGAUGAAGGGAAAGCAGUGAUGCCUCAGAUGAAUUCAGGAAGGAAAUGUAAAGUCUAUUUGGCAUUGAAAGUACCCAUCGAUUGGCAAAAACUGCAUCCCUUGCCUGAAGAUAACAAAUGA